AACAAAUUACAUGAGAAAGGAGUCAUGAUUUAGGCCCAGUAUUGUACGAUGUAACGUAUUUUCAAUGGCGCCAGACCUUGCAGCUGACGAUAAAUUCAAGCUUCAGGAAAAUGACAAAAAUCAGUUUUUCCUAAUUAUUGUAUUGUGUAAUAACAUCAUUACCAGUUUACACAACUGACAGUCAAAACAACUGAAACAGAAAGGUCAGUGGCUGAGCUCUAACAGAAGUUGUGUAUGUGGACAGAAGGUUAUUCAUUUAAAUUAAUUGCGCUCAUGUCUCAACAGUGUUGGAAGAUUUGGUGCUGAUAGCAGUCCAUAUAAAGCCAGAAGAUGCAGAAAAGGAACUUGACGAACUGUAUGACGUGUUUCGCAGUGUCAGAGAGAAAUGGAAGACUGAAAACAUCAUGAUUUUGGGGGAAUUCAACACAGAUGGCAGAUAUCUGUCCGAGGCAGCCAAGAAAAGAACCAAAAUCUGGGGGAAUAACUUCCACUGGUUGAUCGAAGAUGGUGUGGACACCACAGCCAGCAACAACAAUGAAUAUACUUACGAUCGGAUUGUGGUGUAUGGAGAUGUAAUGCUGAAUGCUGUUGUUCCAAAUUCUGCGAAAUCAUUCAACUUCCAGAAGGCCUACAAACUGACAGAUGAGGAGGCGCGGAGAGUGAGUGACCACUAUCCAGUACAAGUGAAGCUGGAGUAAACAUGGAAGCAGCUUAAACAAAUGU